AUGUCAGCUUCCCUCGCAGUUAGAUCAUUGAGAAAUGGUUUGAACUUGAAACGUAUGUUCAGCUCCAUCAAUCUGCAAGAAGAAAUGAAACAAACAAAUAAACAAACUUGGUUUUGCAUUGAUGACCCUGGGACGGAUGAGAAAGAAGGAGGAUGAAAAGCCCCAAAAAAACAACAUUUUAGCGGAGUUACCGUCGUCACUUGCAUUCACAUGUAGAAGGUGAAUCCCAGGAAUUCAGAGAUACAGAGAGAGAAAUGAUAGAGAAACGAUACUAACAUUCUGCACUAGAUUCCAUAAGAACCUUGUCAUCGAGCACAGCUCAGUUGUCAAACUACCAACAGCCAGACUUCUCGUCGUAUUUAAACCACAAAAGCCCACAAUCUAGCAGAAACUUCACCUACUUUAUGGUUGGAUCAAUGGGCUUGUUGUCUGCCGUUGGAGCCAAAUCCACCGUGGAGGCAUUCCUUUCAACGCUUGCUGCUUCAGCCGAUGUCUUGGCUAUGGCCAAAGUCGAAGUCAAAUUGGGCGCCAUUCCUGAAGGUAAAAAUGUCAUUGUGAAAUGGCAAGGUAAACCAGUUUUCAUUAGACACAGAACCCCAGACGAAAUCGAGGAAGCUAAUGAAGUUGACAUUAGUAAAUUGAGAGACCCACAAGCCGACUCUGAUCGUGUUAAGAAGCCAGAGUGGUUGAUCAUGUUGGGUAUCUGUACGCAUUUGGGUUGUGUGCCUAUUGGUGAAGCUGGUGAUUACGGUGGAUGGUUCUGCCCAUGUCACGGUUCCCACUAUGAUAUCUCGGGAAGAAUUAGAAAAGGUCCAGCUCCUUUGAACUUGGAAAUUCCAGCCUACGAUUUCACCGAUGAUGAGACUUUGAUGGUCGGUUAA